GUGAGGGGCUGGUCUGGAGGUGGGAGGAGGGAGGAACAGCCAAGGAGGAGACAGAGGCUCAGGAGGGCGCGAGGAAGUGUCUGAGAAGAGGCUGGGGCCGCUGGAGGGACGCCUGCAGGAGCCAGGCCUCCUCCUCCUGGGUCCUGGGAGCCGCUGCCGCCGUUGGACACCUCCAGCCCUGCCUGCUUGCCUCCCCGAGGCUGCCAGCCAGAGCUCAGGGUGCUUGGCUGAGCCCCAUACCCCAGGGGGGACCCCCAGCUGACCUCUGCGUGCCCCAGCAUGGAAGAAGGUGGCGAGUACGACGGAUACUAUGGGGCGGACAACCAGUCUGAGUGUGAGUAUGAGGACUGGCAGUCCUCCGGCGCCCUCAUCCCCGCCAUCUACAUGGUGGUCUUUGUCCUGGGCACGGCGGGCAACGGGCUGGUGCUCUGGACCAUCUUCCGUAGCGGCCGUGACCGGCGGCGGGCGGCCGACGUCUUCAUCGCCAGCCUGGCGGUGGCUGACCUCACCUUCGUGGUGACCCUGCCGCUCUGGGCCACCUACACCUAUCGGGACUACGACUGGCCCUUCGGGGCCUUCGCCUGCAAGCUCAGCAGCUAUCUCAUCUUCGUCAACAUGUACGCCAGCGUCUUCUGCCUCACCGGCCUCAGCCUGGACCGCUACCUGGCCAUCGUGAGGCCGGUGGCCAACGCCCGGCUGCGGCCGCGGGUCGGCGGCGCCGUGGCCACGGCCGGCCUGUGGGCGCUGGCCGGCCUGCUCGCCCUGCCCGUGCUGGUCUUCCGCGCCACCAGCACCGUGCUGCAGGCGGAGAAUACCACCAGGGUGCAGUGCUACAUGGACUACUCGCUGGUGGCCGGCCCCGACGCUGAGUGGGCCUGGGAGGUGGGCCUGGGCGUCUCGUCCACCGCGCUGGGCUUCGCGGGGCCCUUCGCGGUCAUGCUGACCUGCUACUUCUGCAUCGGCCGCACGGUGGCCGGCCACUUCGGCAAGGAGCGCGCGCGGGGCCUGCGCAAGCGCCGGCGGCUGCUGGCCAUCAUCGCCGUGCUGGUGCUGACCUUCGCGCUCUGCUGGCUGCCCUACCACCUGGUCAAGACCCUCUACGUGCUGGGCAGCCUGAUGCGCUGGCCCUGCGCCUUCGACCUCUUCCUCAUGAACGUCUUCCCCUACUGCACGUGCAUCAGCUACGUCAACAGCUGCCUCAACCCCUUCCUCUACGCCUUCUUCGACCCCCGCUUCCGCCAGGCCUGCGCCUCGGUGCUCUGUUGGGGCCGCCGGGGCUGCGGAGGAGCCUGGCGCGCGAGCGGCGGCGGCGGCGGCGGCCGGGGCGGCGGCGGCGGGGACAAGUCAGCCAGCUCCUCCUCCUCGGCGUCGUCGGGGCAGAGCCAGGGCCCCGGGCCCGGCGGCGCGGGGAAGGGCGGGGAGCCGACGCCGGAGAAGUCCAUCCCCUACAGCCAGGAGACCCUCCUGGUGGACUAGGGCCGGGGUCGCCCGCCCGGGGCCCCUUGCUCUCUAAAGGGCGGGGAGCUGGCGAGGGGGCGGGGGCCCCCUUCUCUGGUGCACUUGACUCCUCUCCCUGCUCCCCGCAUCGGUCUUGUCCUCCUUCCCCCCUGGGAAGUGCUUCUUCAGAGGUUUGUGGGUCUGGAGGGUAAGAGAGGGAAGCCCGCAGCCCCCGAACUCCGCUGCUCAGUCUCUGUGAGACUGACCUUGCAUGUCUCUGAAAUGCUCCCAGCCUCAGUGUCUCUCCGUGCGGAUAAGACGGAGGAACUGAACUGAUGUGCGUCCAGGCUCCAUCAACGUUCAUUUCCCCCCAGCCCUUUUCCUGGAUCUCCAGCUCCCCUUACCGGUUCCUUUUAGUUUUUACCCCUUUUUCCUCCUUCUGUUCCCCUCCUUGCCCCCACCAAGUGCAAUUUCUCCUCUGAAUCCUUACCUCUUGGCUCCCACAUCCUCCCCCAUGGCUCAUCCUCCUACUCCCUCAGUCUCUCUCUCUUUUUACUUCCUUGUUCUGAAGGGCCCCUAAGGGUUAAGGCGUCUGAAGCUCGCAGACACUGCCCGGUUCAAGCUCUUUGUCCCUGAGGCCCCGGGGAGGGGAGGGAAUGGACCUAGCUGAGAUGGGCUGGGUGUCAGCAAAGUUGCAGCUCCUGGCUCUGCAGCUGUGAGCUCCAGAGCUUCACUCCAACUUGGAUCGGUUCGCAGGCGUUUCAGGCCCUGCAGGUCGAGCGAUGCGUGAAGGGGGGGUCCCUUCUUGCAGCCCACCAGCUAGACACGCUUUCUACACAUGUCCUUAGCCCCUUUCCUCCAUCCUCUCUUUUCUGCAGGAACUGGAAGGCAGUGGGGUUGGUGUAGCAACAGCCUCCUUGGUUUCAUGAUAUGAGCGGGGAGUUGGGAAAGGAAAAGUAGAAAGAGGGGGCGUCUGCGUUUGGUCUAAGGGCUGCUCGGGCCCCCUCCCCAAAUCCUCAUCUCUCCAACUUCCUCCAGACCUGCAAGCGGCCGACCUUUCCCUGUCUCUCCAUCUGACAUCCCCAGGACAUUCUUCUUGGGCGCUGGCCUGAGUGGGUGCCAAGGAUCCCUUUGAUGGGGGGCGGGGGCCACCUGCUUUGUGUGUGUGCAUGUGUGUAGACAAGGAUGGGUGAAACCUGAAGCCUGGGCGCCUGGGUCACUUGGAUGAACACCCCCUGCUCUGCACAUCUCUGCUCUUCACACAAUAUCCUUGAGGGAAGAAGGGACAUAGGAGGCAAUUUAGAAUGAGUCCACCCCCACUGGUUUGGGGGGCUCUGACGGCUGGUCCGCAUGUUAAGAGAGAAGUGUGAGCGUGUACUCAGGCUCCCUGUAGGGAAUCCCUCCUCAAGGCAGCUGGAGUGCAAUGCUCAAAGAAGUCCUGGACUCUGGGUCCCUCUGCUGCAGUCCCUGGUUCUAAGAGGGAGAUGAGAGAGAGAGCUUCAGAGGUUCCCUUGACUCCUUUCCCAUGCCUGCCAACCUGUUUUGAAUUUAUAAGCAUUUUCUUCAUCACCCUUUGUUUUUUCAGGGUCAGUGGCCCUCUUCUUGGUGGGGGUUGGGGGCGGUGCCUGGGGUGGAAAGCACUGGGUGGGUUUUUCCUGACCUCCCCAUCAGGAUGGGAGCCCCGUGGCUUCUCCUGCUGGGCUGGGGGGCUAGGAACGGGCACUGGGGCAGACAUGACCGCUGCACCGCCAGAGGAUGGAGAUGCUGCUGGGGCUUUGUGCACCCAGGGCGCGGCCUGUGUAUUCCGGGUUUUGUUCUUAGAGGACACGGAACGUGAAGGACAAGACAGGAGCCGCGGGGGCAGGAAGAAGCCAGCCUGAUGUCAGUGCACGUGCUGACCUUGGCUGGGAUGGAGCCAGCUCCAGAGGCAGAGCGCGGGCUGGACAGAAGGGUCUCGGCUCACUCCUUCCAUCUCAAGCCAGGGUCUUCACAGACUCACGUUCUCAGCCCAGGGCUGUCCCCAGAGCAUCCAGGCAAGGCUGGAGGAAGCUUCGAGAAGGGAGGAGGGGGCUCCUCUGAGGCCCCAUCGGUGGUCUUGGACAGACGGUGGAGGAGGCAGCCGCUGCUCCGCUUGCCCCUUCUUUGGAAUGUCUGUGCUAUUUUUUGACCCUGUUAGUCACUGUGGUUCAUGAAAAAUAAAUUUUUCCGUGUGUGUGUGUGUG